AGGUCGGGAACGGCAGGAAGAGAAAGUCAUGGCCGCCUCAAAUGAGUUUACAUUUGUCAUAUUACUUUAUAUUUCUCGAUUUCUGUCUUUAAACGCACAGUUUAAUCUGGUUUAACUAACUGACUGUGGAUAAUAAGUUUGACUCGCAGAGGAUGUUUAGAUGUCUCGUGAGCUCAUCUGGCUGAUAUUGACAAACACAACAGUUUAAAACUACAGCGAUCAGAACACUUCAGCGUGCUUUGAGCGAUGCGGCCGGGUCAUCUGUGAGCGAUUCUGAUGGUGAUGAUGAUGAUGAUGAAGGUGGUGAUGAUGAUGAUGAUGAAGGUGGUGAUGAUGAAGGUGGUGAUGAUGAAUGUGAUGAUGAACUUGAUGAUGAUGAAGGUGGUGAUGAUGACACACAUUAUCUCACAGGUGAUGGCGCAGGUGUCUGUGAGGGGUUUGUACUUCAUCAUAACUCUGUUUCUGGCCAGUUUCUUCGGCAGUAUCUUCAUGUUGGGUCCAGUGCUGCCAGUGAUGCUGAUGUCCCCUGCAUGGUACCGCUGGAUCACAGACCGGAUCGUUGCCACCUGGUUCACUCUUCCUGUGGCUCUGUUGGAGCUGGUGUUUGGUGUGAAGGUGGUCAUUACCGGUGAUGGUUUUGUUCCUGGUGAACGGAGUGUGAUAAUAAUGAACCACCGCACUAGACUGGACUGGAUGUUCCUGUGGUGUUGUCUGCUGAGGUUCAGUUAUCUGCGUCUGGAGAAGAUCUGCAUCAAAGCGGCGCUGAAAGUCGUCCCUGGAUUCGGCUGGGCGAUGCAGGUCGCCUCCUUUAUCUUUAUCCACCGUCGCUGGGAUGAAGACCGCAGUCACAUGACCAACAUGCUGGAAUAUUUCUGCCACAUCAAAGAACCAGUGCAGCUGCUGCUGUUCCCCGAGGGCACUGACCUCACCGAAAACACUCGAGCCAGGAGUGAUGAGUUUGCUGAGAAAAACGGGCUUCCGAAGUACGAAUAUGUUCUUCACCCGCGGACCACCGGAUUUACCUUUAUUGUUGACAUGCUGUACAAAGGACAGAAUUUAGACGCCGUCCACGACAUCACUGUCGCAUAUCCUCAAAACAUCCCGCAGACGGAGCGCCACCUCGUGCUCGGCCUGUUCCCCCGCGAGAUCCACUUUCACGUGCGUCGCUACCCGGUGCGGACUCUCCCCCGGUCCACGGCGCAGUUGCAACUGUGGUGUCAAGAGCGCUGGAUGGAGAAAGAGCGGCGACUGCACGACUUCUAUCAUGCCGUUCCACGCGGCUUCGACGAUCCCAAGGCUUGCGUGCCGCCGUGUAAGAGCGAGCUGAGAGUGGCGCUGAUUAAAGUGGCGUCGCUGUUGUACUGGAACGCCUUCAUCGUGCUCUCGUUCGUCGCUCUGUGGCUCUGGGCUCCUGUGCAGAUCUACUUCCUGUUGGUGGUCAUCUUCUUCCUGGUUCAGCAGAAGGUGGUGGGCGGGGUGGAGCUUAUGGAGUUGGCGUGUCAUCGGCGCAGGAAUCCGGAGCGAGACGUAACGCGGCUGAAGAGAGAAUGAGAAGCUGGACUCUGAUUGGUGCGUUUGAAGUCAACGGUGAUGCCUGCUGUCUGCCGCGGCCUUUAGCGCUGCUGUUGGCUCGAGCAGACGUAGCGUGUCACACUUCACCGCUGAUAGCCGCAUCACAGACGGAGAGAGGAAUUGUAAAUGAUGUUCUACUACAUUGAUAAAAUACCACUGUGAGUGCGAGUGAGCGUUUGACACGUGAUUGUGCCGAUGUUUGUGGACUCGUCUUUUAGGAUUCUCGUAUUUCUCUCUCCGUCCGUGUCAUUUCCUGUUUGACUUUACAUCUCGUGUAAAGCUCAUAUUUCUUUCUUUGUGUUUCUUAGUUCAUCAUUUGCUUGUUUGCUUUGUCAGAAUAUGUUACAGCCAUAUUUUAAAUAAUUAUAUUAUUAUAUUGUUUGUUUAAUAGACACUGCCUGACCCGAGGAUAUAAAUAAGCAGAUGUUUAAGAGUCUAUGAUGGGAUGAUUACUGGAGUGAAAUCUUGAACGAUGGUCAUUAAGAUCGCUAAAACGCUUGAAGUCACAUUGUAAAAUAUCGUCAGUAGAACUCGCGGUUGUGUUUAAUAGCGGAAGAGCAUUUGCACACGCACAAUGUGAUGCGAACGGGAUUGUGUCGCAACUUUAGUGAGACUAAUCGGGCAAUAAUGUCUUCGGUUUGCUAGUGAGCGUAAAGAUGGAGUGUGGAGCUUUUCCAAAGCGAUGGGCGCAUCAGGGAUUAGAAGGGAAGUGCAUGAUGCACCCGUCAUACACCGUGCCCGCUGUACCCGCGUCUGGAGGCGGUGUUAUGAUCUGGAGUGCAUCAAUCGGUCAGGUCGAGGACUUCCUGAAUGCACUGAACGAACCGGUUAUCAGUGGAUUCUUUCUUCCCUGGCGACACGGGCAUAUGCCAGCAGGACAAUGCCAGGCUUCAUUGAAUGAGUGAUUGAGUGAGUGCUGAAGGUGUUUGUGAUGAGCUGGAGAGACUGCACGGAGUGGUUCAAGUCUCCCGUCAUGGAAAUAAACCUUGUGACGGUGCGUAAGGUUGUCGAUCAAUGCCACGACGAAUGUGUGCCGUAAGGAAAGUUACAGGCGGCCCAAUGAAAUAUCCGAGUGCCACUCUGGCGUUGGCCAGGCAGUGUCUUAGUUUUGUUCUUGUGGAAUACAGCCAUAACACAUUUCAUGUUCAAUAAGGUCAGAACUGUGUAUCAACACUUCGCCGUUGCCGCACACGCGUGUCAAAGGUUUGUGAAGCAUCUUAGCGUGUUUUCUAAAAGCUCGUUGCACUUCAGACAUGCUGCUGUUUAAUGCAUGAGGUCUGCCGCCGUUGCAUGAGCUGCAGCGCCAAAUGAGCGUUCGCGUGAUGUCAUACCCGGUCAAGCGAUGAGCACGUCUCGAUUGAGUCACACGUGAUGGCAGGAGACGGUAUCUACUGUAACUUUAAAGACAAUCGCCAUUGAAAGCUCAAUCAGGGUAAAUAUUGUGAGGCAUUUACCAGACGACAUUUCAGAGUAACUGCGGUAGAUAAAAGACCUUCCCGUCUCAUUCAUCCCUCCCUUACUGUCGCUCUCACCUUUGACCUCUCUCGUUGCUGUGAUGUCACACAUCUAACAUUCAUAAACACUGAAGCUGUUGUUCUAGAAAGACUCUGCUGGUGUAUUUGAACUGGUUUGGAGGAGGAAGACCGGUUCACUGUGAUGGACGAUAUAAUGUCUGUAUUACCAAACGUGGAUGUUAUAAAAUCAGUUUGUCAUGUAUCGCUCAGGUAUACUCGAUCACUGUAAUCACAUAUAAUAUCAAUACUCUAAUAAAUCAAUGAUCUGUGCUGCUUUUCAUCCUGGAGUCCUGUUCAAUCUGUCAAUCGUUCAGUGUGUUGUGAGUGUAUCAGAGAUGUUGACAUGUGACCAGACGUUUGCCAUCGCUGUUACACAACACGCAUCGGGGCGAGACGUUUGAUGAAGAGGGGUUGCUGUGACAACACAUGGUGACUUCACUGUUGCCCGGUAACAUGAUGCAGAAUGAUGUCAGUGGAAACAGCAUAUGCGUGUACGGAUAUGCACUGUUGCAUCAUGGGUAAGAUCUGUUUCUCUGGAGAAGCGGGUGUGAGUGUCAGAACAGCGAUUUAGAGCUCUUAAAAUAGAUUCACGGGGCAAUUAUAAUGAGGUGUGUCACAUUCAGCUGAACACAUGCUGGAACUGCCGUUUCUUGAACAGGGGUUUAUGGGUAAAUUAAAGUUCAUAACACAACAUGAUGGGAUCAGCACAUUACAGGAUGUUCACGUAGAUGUUUUACUUGUAGCAAAUAAAUAAAUCCCAGUUUAAUGAUUAUUUGCUGUGAUGUGCUGAUCUGAGGUCAGUGUAUUUAUCCAAAGAUGGAUGUAAAUGAGGAAUAUUUAUGGAUGUAUUGAUCCAGGAUCAGUUGUUAUUUCAAACAGUUUUCAUUUUGAUUGAAAUGUUUUUUUAAACUUGUUGUACACUUACAAAUAAAUGCAUGUUUUUAUGUCUUAGUCAGU